AUGCCCAAAAAGCACAACAAGUACCCCUCUAUCAAACCUGCUAGUACUGUUCAUCCCUCGUUAGAAUCUUCAACCACCAAGCGACAGUAUGGCGGCGCCUCACGGUCAACCGCUGACAACCAGUCGGUAAAUGACCUCAUUCAACAUCUUCGUCGAACCCAGGUCACUUCGCCCAACGAUGGACCUUCGAAUACCUCUCGAACAGUGACGCAGCGGAGCCUUCAUCCGUCGCUCCGGAAUAUACUUGAUGUUCCAGAGACGCCGCCACCACGACCGCGAUCAAAUGUGCGUCCGGUGGGCGGGCGGUUCUUUCGAAGAACUCCCGGCCCUCCGCCACCAUCCAGUUGGCUGCAAACUCAGGCACCAUCGCAUGAGAGCGCGGAUCGGAAUCAGGGUGUCUCGCUAGGCCACGAUCUAGUACUUUACCGACUUGAACGAUUACCGGGGGUGCAGUUUCCGCCGAAGGAUAGCUUGCAACAUGCCGUGAUGAAGUCAAUGGCGAUCAACUGGGCGUGGCAUCUGGAGUAUGAUAAUGAAUUCCUUAUGGAAGUCCCGAGUCGCCUCAAGCUCCUCAUAUUGAGUUACAUUGCUACCCAUGCCUCAAGAUUUGACAGUGUGUCUCCGACACACACCCUCGAUUUCCUUUUCGCAUCGCCAGAAGCAUCUGCAGCCGAAGUCGGGUAUGUUACUCGCUUGGAUCUGAGUGGCGCUAUCGGGAACUGGAUUAGCAUGAAGGCCUUGAGCAAGCAGCUACUACUCACCCGCAAAGAAACAAAUGAUCCGGUUACAAAGAGCGAGACGAUCGUUCCCGCCUCAUGGGACGACAGUGAGGGUUCGAUAGAUGACGAUGAACUUGAAGCGCAUUCGCUUUCAUCACCGCAGUCACCUCUAUUCAAGUCACCGACCGAAGUUCUCCGGUUCCCGAAUUUGAGAUACCUGUCAUUUGCUCAUCCCAGGCGCACAGCAGUCAGCUGGGGCUCGCUUCUUAAUCUACUCUCACACAUGUCUACGCUCACACACCUAUCUUUGGCUCACUGGCCAGUUCCGACACUUACCCCAAAUCUCAUAAAUGAGAGAAUUACACAUCCAACCAUGAGAUCCGUGUCAUUCGCCGCCGGUGGAACGGAUACAUACAGCGCCGAUGAAAAUAAUUGGGUCGAAGCUGUCAAUAUCUUACGAAGGCUAUCUCGUGCGACAUAUUGUCUCAAAUGGCUGGAUUUGGAAGGAUGUGGCGAAUGGUUCGAAGCUCUUAGCUGGGACGGGCGUACUUUGCACGACGAUGAACCAUUCCAGACCCUGUCGUCAGCAUGGAAUGGAUCAUGGCGAGACGUAGAGUGGAUUGGACUUGGUCCUGGCUGGAUUCCAUCGCAGAAGGUGGAUAUGGAUGAUUUGGGUCCUUCGUUCAUUCCACUUGCGGCAUCCAGACAUUCACCGGCAUCUCAGCGGCAACCUGGACAAGCGAGAAACCCAGACGAUGAUCUAACCUCUGUUCUUACGGAGCAAGACCUGCGGGAGGCCGCGAUUGCGCGCGAACAGCAGCGUCGAGUCAAUGAGCGGAAAGCAUAUGAGGAAACUCUACGCAAGGCUCGUCGGGUUGAGAAACAUAUUCAUCGUGUACGUCGCGAAGGCGGUGGGAAAUGGAUACAUUUCUCUUUUGGUGGGGAGGGAGUUGAGGAACAAAUUGUCCUAGAGAAGGUAUUGGCCAAGAUAGACUCAUGA